AUGGAAGUACAAAAAAGAAGCAGCCAAUUUGAAGAUGAAGCAAGAAAAAAGCUUCAGGGGUUGGAUGUUGGUAAAUUACGACAAAGACUUCAAGCUGUAGAAGGAGACAUUAAAAAUUUAGAGGAUGAGCUUGGGCAAAGAGAAGAUCUCUUGCAUUUUAUUGACGAACUCAUAAAAAAUAAGAGGAAGAAGCAUAGCUAA